AUGAGCAAAAAAUGCCGAAUACGGACAUCGAUUGACCACCAAACUCAACGAGCAGAGCAAACCCACCGGCACUGCUUCUCCACUCUCCAGGACAAAUUAGCGACGCAGGGACACCAGUCGACCACUGAACCAAACUCAACGAAGAAGGAAAUGCCGAAUACGGACACCAGACCACCGCGCCUCCACCUCCACCACAAGUCGACGGCGCUGUCUCCACUCUCCACGGCACCGCUGUCUCCACUCUCCACGGCAAGUCGACGGCGCUGCAAGGGAGAACGGCCGGACGCUCAAACUCAGUUACUUAGCGAAAUGAAGGACGAUGGGAAUGGGGGAAGGGAUCUGCGAUGUGCGAUCUGCUCAUCUGCCAAGCCAGGACGAAGGAGGGAAUGGGGGAACCGGUAUCCUGCCGCACAUAUACAGCACUUUUAUGAGAUGGCGAACCCAAAUUACAAUCGCUAUGGCUUCCUCAUGAUGAUUUCUUGUGUUGUGUUGCUAAUAGCUCCGACUGGUGCUGGAGAUGAUGAUGGAGGGAAGAAGUUGAUAAUUGGACUUCCUUAUUAUAAAUCAGGUUUCGCCCAGUUUGUGGAUGUACAAAUCGAUCCUACUAAUAACAAUAAUCAGGUCGUCCAGGCUAGCGGCUAUUCUAUUGCCGUCUUCAAUGCUACAAUAGCCUACCUUACGCGUUUACAUCACGGUAUUUCUUUCGAGUUUAGAGCUUUCGUAAACAACAAUGGAAGCAGUGCUGGGUAUUAUGACGCACUUGUCUCCCAAAUUUCUGCAGAAAAGUAUGACGCUGUGGUGGGAGACGUGACGAUUUUGGAAAAUCGGUUUAACCAUGCAGAUUUCACGUUGCCAUAUACACAAUCUAAUGUGAAGAUGCUUGUGAAAAUCCGGCAUGAUCCACGGUUGAACAUGUGGAUUUUGUACGACCGUUUAAUUGGAGUCUUUGGUUGUCUAUUGCUAUCUUCUCUGUUUUUAUAG